CCAACGCCAUUACGUCACGUUUGCACGCAAGCGAGUUCCUUCCUGUGCGGCUGCGACUGACGUCAUCUAGGACGGAGGGAGCUCGGUCGGUGGCAGUUCAUAUUUUUCUCUUUUUACCCGUGUUUGGUGGCUAUACGAUAGGGGCUUCGUGGUAGCAUCGAAGCCAUUGGAGAGUUAAUUAACGCUAUAUAGGGAUUUCAAAAUUCAUCGGUUUCCUGUCUCCUCGGCCAUUACAAUGAGUGUGGAGGCGUACGGGCCCAGCUCGCAGACCCUCACCUUCUUGGAUACAGAGGAGGCCGAACUGCUCGGGGCCGACACUCAGGGCUCAGAGUUCGAGUUUACGGACUUCACGUUGCCUAGCCAGACACAGACACAAGGGCAAAGCCAGCUGGAUGGGCAGGUAAAUGGGCCUGAUGGCAUGCUUCAGAAUGGCACAGUGGAUGAUGGUGUCGGCAAAACAAGCCAGUUGUUGGGUGAGCUGAACUUCGAGGAAGAUGAGGAAGACACCUAUUAUACUAAGGACCUUCCAGUUCAUGCUUGCAGCUAUUGUGGCAUCCAUGAUCCAGCCUGUGUUGUGUACUGCAACACCAGUAAGAAGUGGUUUUGCAAUGGUCGAGGAAACACUUCUGGCAGCCACAUCGUAAACCAUUUGGUCCGAGCUAAAUGUAAGGAGGUAACACUCCACAAAGAUGGACCUUUGGGGGAAACCGUUCUGGAGUGUUACAACUGUGGGUGUCGUAAUGUUUUUCUUCUUGGAUUUAUUCCUGCUAAAGCUGACUCUGUGGUUGUACUACUUUGUAGACAACCUUGUGCCAGUCAGAGCAGCCUGAAGGAUAUCAAUUGGGAUAGUUCCCAGUGGCAACCCCUCAUUCAGGAUCGCUGCUUCCUUUCUUGGCUGGUAAAGAUACCAUCUGAACAGGAGCAACUGAGAGCCCGUCAAAUUACAGCUCAACAAAUCAACAAACUGGAGGAACUGUGGAAGGAAAACCCAUCAGCAACCCUAGAAGACCUAGAAAAGCCUGGUGUUGAUGAAGAACCACAACAUGUCUUGCUAAGAUAUGAAGAUGCCUAUCAGUACCAAAAUAUCUUUGGGCCACUUGUCAAACUUGAAGCUGAUUAUGACAAGAAGCUUAAGGAAUCCCAGACCCAAGAUAACAUAACCGUGAGAUGGGACCUAGGGCUCAACAAGAAAAGAAUUGCAUACUUCACGUUGCCCAAGACUGAUUCAGAUAUGCGUCUAAUGCAAGGUGAUGAGAUUUGUUUGCGAUAUAAAGGAGAUUUGGCACCUCUUUGGAAGGGCAUUGGUCAUGUUAUUAAAGUUCCUGAUAAUUAUGGUGAUGAAAUUGCCAUUGAAUUGAGAAGUAGUGUUGGUGCACCAGUUGAAGUCACUCAUAAUUUCCAAGUUGACUUUGUUUGGAAAUCCACUUCAUUUGACAGAAUGCAGAGUGCUUUGAAGACCUUUGCAGUGGACGAAACCUCUGUUUCAGGUUACAUCUACCAUAAACUUUUGGGACAUGAAGUUGAAGAUGUGAUUAUAAAAUGCCAGCUUCCAAAGAGAUUUACAGCACAGGGACUUCCUGAUCUUAACCACUCACAGGUUUAUGCUGUUAAGACUGUAUUGCAGCGCCCACUUAGUCUCAUUCAGGGCCCACCUGGAACUGGUAAAACUGUAACAUCAGCCACCAUUGUUUAUCAUCUAGCAAGGCAAGGAAAUGGCCCUGUCCUGGUUUGUGCACCAAGCAACAUUGCUGUAGACCAGCUUACUGAAAAAAUCCACCAAACCGGCCUCAAAGUGGUUCGUCUCUGUGCAAAGAGCCGUGAAGCUAUUGACUCCCCUGUUUCUUUCUUGGCUUUGCACAACCAAAUUCGCAAUAUGGAAAGUAUGCCUGAGCUCCAGAAGUUGCAACAGCUGAAAGAUGAGACUGGAGAGUUAUCCUCUGCUGAUGAAAAACGCUAUCGUGCCUUGAAAAGAACAGCCGAGAGAGAGCUACUUAUGAAUGCUGAUGUGAUUUGCUGUACUUGUGUGGGAGCAGGUGACCCUAGACUUGCAAAGAUGCAGUUCCGCUCUAUCUUGAUUGAUGAAAGCACUCAAGCCACUGAACCAGAGUGUAUGGUGCCAGUUGUUUUGGGAGCCAAACAGCUUAUUCUUGUGGGAGAUCACUGCCAGCUUGGCCCAGUUGUGAUGUGCAAGAAAGCUGCAAAAGCAGGACUGUCUCAGUCUCUUUUUGAGAGACUUGUAGUUCUGGGCAUCCGACCCAUUCGCUUGCAGGUGCAAUACCGGAUGCAUCCUGCUUUAAGUGCUUUCCCUUCAAACAUAUUCUAUGAAGGAUCUCUUCAGAAUGGUGUUACUGCAGCGGACCGGGUUAAAAAAGGAUUUGACUUCCAGUGGCCUCAGCCAGAUAAACCAAUGUUCUUUUAUGUGACUCAAGGGCAGGAAGAAAUUGCCAGCUCUGGUACCUCUUAUUUAAACAGAACUGAAGCUGCUAAUGUGGAGAAGAUCACCACAAAGCUUCUUAAGGCAGGAGCCAAACCAGAUCAAAUUGGGAUAAUCACACCAUAUGAAGGCCAGCGCUCUUACCUGGUUCAAUAUAUGCAGUUCAGUGGCUCCUUGCAUACAAAACUCUACCAGGAGGUUGAAAUUGCAAGUGUGGAUGCUUUUCAGGGGCGUGAGAAAGACUUUAUUAUUCUUUCUUGUGUACGAGCCAAUGAGCAUCAAGGGAUUGGAUUCUUAAAUGAUCCCCGCCGUCUUAAUGUGGCUUUAACCAGAGCAAGGUAUGGGGUAAUUAUAGUUGGAAACCCCAAAGCUCUUUCAAAGCAGCCACUGUGGAAUCAUCUCUUGAAUUAUUACAAGGAACAGAAAGUUCUUGUAGAGGGUCCUCUAAAUAAUCUAAGGGAGAGUCUCAUGCAGUUCAGCAAACCUCGCAAACUUGUCAACACCAUUAAUCCUGGUGCCCGUUUCAUGACAACUGCAAUGUAUGAUGCUCGUGAAGCCAUCAUCCCUGGGUCUGUUUAUGAUAGAAGCAGUCAAGGACGUCCCUCAAACAUGUACUUUCAAACCCAUGAUCAGAUCGGCAUGAUUGGCUCUGGACCUAGUCAUGUGACUGCUAUGAACAUUCCAAUACCAUUCAAUCUAGUUAUGCCUCCAAUGCCACCACCGGGCUACUUUGGACAGGCAAAUGGACCAGCUCUAGGACGUGGCAUGCCUAAAGGAAAGUCAACACGUGGUGGACGUCCGAAACAGCGAGGCAUUGGGCUUCAAGGCAUGAGUCAAGGAAAUAUGCCAAACAGUCAGGCCAGUCAAGAUGUUGUAUCCCAACCAUUCUCACAAGGCCCUCUAACGCAGGGUUAUAUUUCCAUGAGUCAGCCAUCCCAGAUGAGCCAGCCAGGACUCUCCCAGCCGGAGUUAUCGCAGGAUAGCUAUCUUGGUGAUGAAUUUAAGUCUCAGAUCGAUGUUGCAUUAUCGCAAGACUCUACGUACCAGGGAGAACGUGCGUAUCAACAUGGUGGUGUCACUGGGCUGUCCCAGUACUAGCAUGUUGAAGACGAGCUAAGCCUGCGUGGAACUUAGUUCAUCCACAUUUUAUUCUGAGUAAUAAAUAAAAAUAAACGGAUACCUGUUUUCCACUGCUAAAACUGAAGCACCACUGUGAGAGCAACAGGAGAGAGAGGAACGAGAGAGGGACAAAAAACAAAAAAUAACGAGAACGAGAAAGAAAGCGAGACCACUGCAAGCACACUGAGACGAGGAGAACGGCAGGAGAAGAGGUUGUACAUCAGAGGAGCCAAGUGCACCUCAAAAGGAUGGGUAGUAAAUUGGGGAGAAGCAUAACAUCUAGUUGCCCUAUGUAACGAGUGGCUGACUAAGCAUUUGUUCCCUCUUGGGCAGGUGCAAGAGAGAAGCAUAUUUGCUUUUUUUCUCAUUCAAAUGAGUUCUUUGGCACCAUUUUAUCAAAGCUGGAGGAAAACGAUUCCUUAUCUCGGAGUUGUUUUAUCUCAUGGACUCCAGUAGCCAAGUCGUCUUUUUGUUUUAAUGCAAACUGCAUCCCUUCUAGAUUUUUAAAAUGAAGCGUAGUAUAACUGACACAUGGAGAGGCCAACUUUGAGAUGCAGGUUUGAUUUUCAAACUGCCUUUGAUUGUGAACAGUAUGGUCCGCUAUGCACCCUUCUACUGAACUGUUCUGUCACUACCCGAUGGUUUAAAGAAGUUUUCUAGAUAUAUGGAAGUGCUGGAUUUUUUUUCUUUUUUUCCUUAGUUUGUAUCUUAUUGCGGUGGACCUGAAAGUACUUCAUAGCAUUGUGGUUUGUCAGUUAGGAAUACUGCCACCUGCAGGGACUUUCAGUGUUAAGCAGCAGUAAAUGACCUAAUGACUAGCCUCUCUUUCCUAAAGCAGUGUAGCAGAGCAAUGGAGUAUACAAACUCCCUUAAGGAGAGGGGUUUUUUCAGUGUUUUUCUGUAUGCUUUGAUUGGCUACUGUCUAGACUCUAUGCCACAAAACAAACAAAUCUUUGUUUAGACAAAUUAUAUGCUCGAAAAAAGGGAUGGGAUUCUUCUGCCCUUCGGCCCCCACUUAUCAGGAAAGCAGCGAAAGUUAGCCUGCGACGAGCUUCCCUACCAGCAAUGGAUGUAGUAGUGGAAACUGGGGAUUAUAUAGGUUUGAAAGUAAAGUUUUUCUCAAUAGCUUUUGCAACUGGUUGAAAAAAUCAGAAUGCAGUCAAAGCGGAAGGUGGCCCAUAGUUAGUGUAUGGUUGGAGGUUGUUAUUCUAUUCGUGAGGUCCUAAGUAAAUGUGGCCUUGCACCAUUGGGCAAGAUAUGCAAUAGCUACUCCAUUUCCAGCUCCUAUGUAAAGAGUUCUGUUCCAAAGCGACUAAGGGAAAUCGUCCCAUUUCAUGAUUUCUACCUAGAACAGAAGAAAUGCUUACAUAUCGUACUUCUAGGCCUAUGAGAAAUGUUACGUUUCAGAUAAUGAUUUUGUUUAGUUCUAUCGAGCAUGUGCGUUAAUUUUCCUAAAAUUACCGUUACGCCCGAUGUUUAUAUUUGAGCAGAAUGUAGCAGUCAGCAUCUAUGCUUGUUCUAUUAACUGUGCUGGAGUGUUUCCCUUUUGUAAGGCUUCUUUCAAAUACUAGUGGCCUUCAUAUGAAAGCAGGGUGUGUACAAAUACCAGACGUCACUAGCAUUGCUGCUUUGCCCUGUAUUGGCUCCAUUCUGUGCCAUGUAUACAUGUAACUCUGGCCACCUUCCUUCCUGAGAGAUGGAUUUUUUUUUUAUUUAUUAUCGUUGCCGAAGGGCUCUUUUAAAACAUUUUUUCCCUUUAUUCCCCUCCAGUUAGAUUAAGUAGAUGCAUAUUUAGCUUCUGUAUCCUUUGUGCAAAUGCUGAUUAUGAGUAAUAUAACAUUCUCCAAUCUAUUUCUCAGUCUGGAAUGCUUCUGCAUUUUUUUGUUUGUUUACUUAAGCAGUUGUUUUAAUACCCCAUAAACAUUUGUGAUUUCAGUCUAUGCCCCCCCCUGACUUUAUUUUUUUCCCUCCCCAUCAUUUUGAUUUGUCUGAACUUGUUUUAAACCUUCGUCAUGAAUAAAAUGAUAAAUAAACAGCCCUUGCACUCCG